AUGAAAACAAGAUUUGUUUGUUUAGGAUUAAAAUAUUUUAAUAAAAAUGUUCUUUUAUCAUCAAAUAAUUUAUCUAUGUUUCCUUUAAGAUCGUAUGUUACUAAAUCAAAUAACGUUUCAUUAAAUAACAAUAAAGGAGCUGAUAUAAAAUCAAGAAACAUUCCAUUUCCAUUAGCACCGCAAAAAUCAAAAUCUAGAUAUGGGAACAAAUUUUCAGAUAUAAAGAUCUUUUUAUUUAACAUAUAUUAUCAUCUUCUUCAUAAUAAUCGAUUGUUUUUUUUGGCACAACAUAAUAAUCUUACAAUCAAAGAACAAGAAUCACUUCGUAAUGAAUUAGACAAAUUAAAGGUAGAAGUAAUGGCUGCACGUUCAACAAUUUUAUCAGCAGUCUUGGAGCAAUCUAUAAUUUAUUCAAAUAUGAGACCAUUAACUAUAGGAACAACAUAA